CACCAAACCAUCCCCUACCUCGACCAAAUGAAAAAAUAGACGCCCUACAGAGAUCACAUAUCUUUGUCGAAGAGGACACUACUAGUUUUCCUUUCUGGAAUUUAGGGCCCAUCAUUGAAUUUUGCUUCAACACCGGGCCCUGCGUUGGCGGGUAUUGCCUUGACCGCCACUAGUUUGAUUGAAGCUAAAGACUAAUAUCGCUAAUGCUGAAUUUAUAUAUACUCUCAACACAGAAUGAUAUAAGGUCUGGUUUUCCUCUUCUCUGGCUUCGUUUCUUACUGGUGAAGUCGUGAAACUUCCUUCUUUUCCAUCGGCUAGCCAUUUAUGUUCUACUCCUGUAUGCUACAACACCUUUUCUCUUGAUUCAGCUUGGUUUGUCUUUUCUUAUAAUUCUUUUGGUGCUGUAAUUCCUUUUUCUUUUUUUUUUGGUACUGUAUUGUCAUUUUGCUAAAUUUAUGUUUACAGUGGAGAUGUUCUAGAUUCAGUUUCUGAACCUAGAUGAUUGGGUACCUAUUCAAACAGUUGAAGUGCAUAUUCUUUUCACGUCCUCCUUUUCUUUAUGGUCCUUUCUACUGGAAGUCUCUUGACUCUUCUUUGGUUAGCUGCGUCCUUCUUUUCUAAUCUUUGAGUCUCAAAAUAUUAGCUAAACACCAUGGGAGGUUGGAAUCUCAUUCAUUUGGUAGGCUUCAUACUUUUGUCUGUUCUCCUUUUAUCUGAAACCUGCCUGGCGGCUAGUGUUCAAAAUUUUGGGAAAAUUAGUCCGGGGUUUCAAGGAACUCAGCUGAGUUGGAUCGACUAUAAUGGGUUGUUUCUCUUGUCGAACCAAUCCGAUUUUGCUUUUGGCUUCGUCACCACUCCUCAAGAUGUCACUUUGUUCCUGCUUUGUAUUGUCCACAUGGACAGCAUGAAUAUAGUAUGGACUGCAAAUAGGGGCUCCCCAGUUUCUAAUUCUGAUAAAUUUGUGUUUGAUAACAAGGGUAGUUUGUCUUUGCAAAAAAAUGGGAGUGUGGUUUGGUCUGUAGAUAUUGGUGGCAAAGCAGUUACUGCAAUGGAGUUGCGGGACUCGGGAAAUUUGGUUUUGCUUGGGGAUGACAAUGGAGUAGUUUGGCAGAGUUUUAGUCAUCCAACUGAUACUCUUUUAUGGAACCAGGAGUUUCAGGAAGGAAUGAAACUUCAAAGCGAACCAAGCUCCAACAAUGUGACCUACAUUCUUGAAAUCAAGUCCGGCGACUUGAUUCUUUCUGCAGGUUUCCAAACACCACAGCCUUAUUGGUCCAUGGGGAAGGAAAGCCGUAAAACAAUCAACACAGAUGGUGGGGCAGUCACUUCGGCAUCUAUCAGUGCAAAUUCAUGGAAGUUCUAUGAUAGUUCCAAAGUGCUACUAUGGCAAUUCAUUUUCUCAUCCAAUGUUGAUGUUAAUGCCACAUGGAUUGCAGUUUUGGGAAAUGAUGGAUUUAUUUCCUUUUCCAAUCUUCAGAAUGGAGAUUCAAAUGGUCCUUCAACGGCGAAAAUACCAGGGGACCCAUGCAGCACCCCCGAACCUUGUAAUCCAUAUUUUGAAUGUUUCAGCAACAACAAUUGCCUGUGCCCUUCAGGUCUUAGCUCCCAUGCGAAUUGCAAGUCGGGGAUUGUCACCUCAUGUUCAAAGGGUUCUACAAUGCUUACAACUGCCGGUGAUGGGCUCUAUUAUUUUGCAUUGGAUUUUGUUUCACCCUCUUCAAGAACUCACUUGGAGGGUUGCAAAAGCUCUUGCCUUAGUAAUUGCUCAUGUGUUGCUUUGUUCUAUCAAAACAGUACAAGAAAUUGUUAUAUGUUUGACAGGAUAGGCAGCUUCCAAAAGUCCGACAAGGGCUUUGUUUCUUAUGUUAAAGUGUCGAGUGAUGGAGGCAGCGGAAGCAAGAAACACUUCCCUUAUAUUGUGAUUGCUGUUUCGACAGUAGUUGUUAUCUGUGGCCUACUCUUUGCAGGAUACCGAUACUACCAGAGGAAGAGAGAUGCCCCACUAUCUCCUGAAGAUACUUCAGAAGAGGAUAAUUUCUUGGAAAAUUUAACUGGUAUGCCCAUCCGUUUCAGUUACAAGAAUCUACAAACUGCAACGAAUAACUUCUCAAAGAAGCUUGGGCAAGGAGGUUUUGGAUCAGUUUAUGAAGGAGUUCUUCCAGAUGGAACCCGACUGGCUGUGAAGAAGUUGGAAGGAAUUGGUCAGGGGCAGAAAGAGUUCCGAGCUGAAGUAACCACCAUUGGCUGUAUCCGUCAUUUUCACUUGGUCCGGCUCAAAGGAUUCUGUGUGGAAGGAAGCCAUCGACUUCUUGCUUAUGAAUACAUGGGAAAUGGUUCCCUGGAUAAAUGGAUUUUCAAGAAAACAAAUGAAGAAUGCUUAUUGGAUUGGGAGAAAAGGUUCAACAUAGCAGUGGGUACUGCCAAAGGACUAGCUUAUCUCCAUGAAGAUUGUGAUUCAAAGAUUAUUCACUGUGACAUAAAGCCUCAAAACGUGCUCCUCGACAACAAUUACCAUGCCAAAGUCGCAGAUUUCGGUUUGGCAAAGCUAAUGACCAAGGAGCAGAGCCAUGUUUUCACAACACUUAGAGGAACUCGGGGUUACCUUGCGCCAGAGUGGAUCACAAACCGCGCUAUAUCGGAGAAGAGUGAUGUGUAUAGCUAUGGAAUGCUGUUGCUAGAGAUUAUCGGUGGGAGAAAGAACUAUGACCGAUCAGAAAGUUCUGAAAAAUCUCAAUUUCCAUCCUAUGCCUUCAAGAUGCUAGAAGAAGGCAAAAUGAAGGACAUUGUCGACUCCAAGCUGAAGAUAGAUGAUGCCGAUGAGAGGGUUUCUACCGCGAUUAUUGUUGCAUUGUGGUGUAUACAGCAAGACAUGUCUCUGAGGCCGUCGAUGGCCAAGGUUGUCCAAAUCUUUGAAGGGGUCUGUCCUGUUCCUCAGCCUCCAACUUCCUUAGCAAUGAUUUCUUCAACAAUGACUUCCUCCGGACCAACGUGCUGCAACAGUAAUGCAUAUUUGUCUGCAGAGCAUCUUUCUGGACCAAGAUGAACAUUUGCUGAACACGAGAAGAGAAUUUCUUGAAGCCAUUGAUGGCAUUUCUAAAGUGCAUGCAUUUUCAUUUCCCCAAUUUCUAUUUGGUAAUGGACUUUUUUCUUCUAGAAACUUUGGGAUUAUAUGUAUACUGAAAUUGGGUAGAUUCAGUUUCUGAACCUUGAUCCUGUGAAUCUGUGAUUAGCUACCUCAUAUUUUUUUUUUCACACCCUCCUUUUCUGGUGUGAAGAAUUCUAGUCUAUUCUUUGGUUGGUUGUGCUGUCUUCUUCAAUCUUUGAUUUUCAGAAUCUUAGCUGAAUACUGGUUCUUAGAGUAGCUAUGGGAGACUUCAUAUUGUUGUCUGUUCUCCUCUAGUAGGAAACAUGCCUGGCUAGUGUUAGAAAUUUUGGGAAAUUUAGUCCGGGGUUUCAAGGGGCUCAGAUGAAUUGGUUUGACAAUGAUGGGUUGUUUCUCGUCUAAUCAAUCCGAUUUUGCUUUUGGCUUUGUCACCACUCACUUUGUUCCUGCUUUGUAUUGUCUACGUGGACAGCAGGAAUAUAGUAUGGACUGCAAAUAGGGGUUCCCCAGUUUCUAAUUCUGAUAAAUUUGUGUUUGAUGAUAAGGGUGUAGUGUGUCGUUGCAAAAGGGUGGAAGUGUGGUUUGGUCUAUAGAUACUGGUGGCAAAACAGUUACUGCAACGGAGUUGCAGGACUCGGGAAAUUUGGUUCUGCUUGGGGAUGACAAUGGAGUAGUUUGGUAGAGUUCUAGUCAUCCAACUGAUACUCUAUUAUGGAACCAGGAGUCUCAGGAAGGAAUGAAACUUCAAAGCGAACCAAUCUCCAACAAUGUGACCUACAGGUCUUAGCUCCCAUGCGAAUUGCAAGUCGGGGAGUGUCACCUCAUGUUCAAAGGGUUCUACAAUGCUUACAACUGCUGGUGAUGGGCUCUAUUAUUUUGCAUUGGGAUUUGUUUCACCCUCUUCAGGAACUUACUUGGAGGGUUGCAAAAGCUCUUGCCUUGGUAAUUGUUCAUGUGUUGCUUUGUUCUAUCAAAACAGUAGAAGAAAUUGUUUUAUUCAAGUGCCAAUGUCAUUUAAUUUUGCACAUCAAUACUCCAUUAAAUAUCCAGAGGAAAUAAGU